AUGGAAGAAGAAACAGCUAAGCUACCAUUACCAGACACAUUCCUAGAGUUCCUACAAACAAAUGGGAUUGACCCAUCAAUUUAUCCAGCUAUCGAGACCACCCCACGUUAUAUAAGGUUGAAGCCUGGUAGUGAAGCUUAUAUUGAAGAUAUUGAAGCUGAAAUAAAGUGUAAGCUUCAGAAAGUGAAUUGGUUACCUGGGUUUUAUUCACUUCCUCCUCAUAUUCAAAUUGCUAACUCUAAGCCAUAUAAAGAAGGCAAGAUAUAUGGGAUUGAUGCUGCCUCUGGGGCUGCUGUUUUGGCUUUGGAUAUUUCAGUAGGAGAUCAUGUCCUUGACCUAUGUGCUGCACCUGGUGCAAAACUUUGCAUGAUAUCGGACCUUCUUGGUGAUUCGGGAUCUGUAACUGGUGUUGAUAUUGCUAGACACCGGCUUGCGGCUUGUAGAACAAUGCUCCAGAAAUAUGCAUCAGGUGAUGUGUGCCGACUUUUUAUUGCAGAUGGAACAACAUUUUCCAUCAUGCCCGUGAGGGAUCAUUCACAUUCUAUAUCAUGUGAAUAUGCAUUGGAAGAAAAGCAAGACACUUUUAGGGAGUGGAGUUCUAGGAGACCAUGGAAAGAAAGGAAACGAGCAGCCAGAGCAAGGGAACAUGCUGCUUCAAUAGUGGUUUCAGAAACUGAUCAUCCUGAACUUAUUUUUUAUGGACAGGCUUCUGGGGUGGUUGGGCUUAGCAAAACUGAAUUAUAUCGGAUUGUGAGUAGCAGUGAAGUUUCAAGCUAUGGCUAUGACAAGGUCCUAGUUGAUGCAGAAUGUACUCAUGAUGGAUCAAUAAGACAUAUCCAAAAGUUUGAGCAUUGGGGAUGGGAAACUCUUGACGAUCGUGUGCUGAAUGCAGAGAGAUCUGAUAUAUUGACCACUCUUCAGUUAAAACUUCUAACAAAUGGUUUUAGGCUACUAAGAGUUGGGGGUUCCCUUGUCUACAGCACUUGCAGUUUGACAGUUUCCCAGAAUGAAGAUGUGGUAGAGCGGUUUCUCAAGGAAAGUUCUUCUGCUGAGUUGCGGGAGAUAGUUGCCGCCAAAGACUGGCCAUGCAAGAGUGGGCGGAUACCCAAGACCCUGCGCUUUGAUCCAGUGACAUCACAAACUAGUGGACUUUUUGUAGCAAAGUUUACAAAACUGGCUGUUUAG